AAGCAAGUAGGGGGACUGCCGGGAGUAGUCAUUUAUAUUUAGAUUGUUUCGCUUAAAGUGUAGUAGUGGCAACAUUGCGCUGUCAGAGUGUCACGUCUGUAACUGUCCUUCAUACACCACUCGAAGCGGCCGCUUAUGUUGAUGGUGCCUUUUGCACCAAGUGUAAGAGAGUAAUAUUAAGUUUUUGUGAUUUUUCGCAUUUUUUGUUUUAAGAAGUCUUAGUGUGCUAUGGCUACUAACGGAAUAACUCUAGAAGAAAGGGAAGAAAUCAAAGAAAGGUUUAAUGAGAUCGAUAAAAAUGGAGAUGGACACAUAGAUUUGAAGGAGCUCAGAGAAGCAUUAGAAAUGUGUGGUCUUAAAAUCGCUGGUUACCAAUCUCGCCUUAUUGAAGAAGAAUACAAAAAUUCCAACAAAUCAAAAAUAAACGGUAGAUUGACAUUCGAAGAAUUCGAAAAACUUAUCUGUGAUCUAAAGGCUAAUGAAGUAGCUAAUACAUUCCGUACUGCUGUUUCUAAACGUGAAAACUUACAACAUCUUGGUGGCACAUCUGAGGCUUCAAAUGAAGGCACAACACAUUCUGUUAGAGUUGAAGAACAACUGGCGUUUUCUGAUUGGAUCAAUUCUAAUUUGCAACACGAUCCCGAUUUGAAAAAACUAUUGCCAAUUGACUCCGAAGGAAAAUAUCUGUAUGAGAAAGUAAAAGAUGGAAUUUUAUUGUGUAAAGUAAUCAAUCAUUCAUGCCCAGAUACCAUUGACGAAAGAGCAAUAAAUAAAGAAAAAUUAACACUAUACAGGAAACUAGAAAACCUUACGCUCGCUUUAUCUUCUGCUUCCGCGAUUGGUUGUAAUGUAAUCAACAUAGAUGCUCACAAUUUAUCAAAAGGAACGCCUCACUUAGUUCUUGGUCUUCUUUGGCAAAUAAUCAGAAUAGGUUUAUUCAACCAAAUCACUUUAGAGCACUGCCCCGGUUUGACAACUCUUCUAUCAGAAGAUGAGAAAAUAGAUGACCUGAUGAAGCUGUCACCAGAAGCAAUCUUACUUCGAUGGGUGAACUACCAUCUAGAAAGAGCUGGAACUCAUCGACGUGUUACCAACUUCCAAAGCGACAUUGUCGAUUCUGAAGUCUACACUCACCUUCUUAAACAGAUCGCACCUGUAGACGCUGAUGUUACUACUGAAGCUCUCUAUGAAAAAGAUUUGAUUAGUAGAGCUGAAAUUAUGUUGCAGCAAGCUGCUAAAUUGAAAUGCAGAGCUUUUGUUACUCCACAGGAUGUCGUCAAUGGAGUCUACAAGUUAAAUUUGGCCUUUGUAGCUAAUUUAUUCAAUAACCAUCCGGCUCUCCAUCAAAAUGGUACAGAUGAGUUUGAAACUAUUGAAGAAACCAGAGAGGAAAGAACUUACAGAAACUGGAUUAACUCCAUGGGAGUUUCGCCUCAUGUUAAUUGGCUCUACUCUGAUCUCGCUGACGGUUUAGUUGUUUUCCAACUCUAUGAUAUAAUUAAACCAGGAACUGUGAAAUGGAACAGAGUUCAUCGCAAAUUUACCAACGAAAGAAAAAAAUUCAUGGAAAAAUUAGAAAAUUGCAAUUACGCUGUUGAACUCGGCAAAGAAAUAAAAUUCUCUCUGGUUGGAAUCGGUGGACAAGAUAUCAAUGAAGGCAACGUUACUUUAACCCUCGCACUUAUCUGGCAAUUAAUGAGAGCUUACACUUUGUCAAUUCUUGCACAACUAGCAGAUUCUGGUAGUCCGAUUGUCGAAAAAGAAAUUGUCAGUUGGGUUAACAGUAAACUCGCUAAUGGCGGUAAAAAGUCUUCCAUCCGUAGUUUUCAAGACCCUUCCAUAUCUGAUGGAAAAGUUGUUAUCGACCUUAUUGAUGCUAUUAAACCUGGUGCUAUUAAUUACGAUCUUGUUAAACAAGGAUCAACUGAAGAGGAAAAACUGGCUAAUGCAAAAUAUGCAAUUUCCAUGUCGCGUAAAGCAGGAGCUAGAGUGUAUGCUCUUCCAGAAGACAUUACAGAAGUUAAACCCAAGAUGGUGAUGACAGUAUUCGCUUGCCUUAUGGCUCUCGAUUAUAUACCCAAUAUGGAUAGUGCCAGGCAGUAAAUACUUAAAAAUUUACAUUUAUUUCAGACUUCAUCUUCUGCUCGAUAUUUUAUAUAGAAAACAAAGGUUACCAUUCUAUUUUUUCACACAAUUUUGUAUAUUUCUAAUUUUAUUACUUUAUUUAUAUUUAUUACGAAAAAUUUAAUUGACUCAAAUCAGGAGUUUUCGAAAAUAAUUUUUACAUGAAACGCCAUGUAAUAAUACAGGUUAACAGUAGUAUUUACUACUGAUCAAAGAUAAUUGUCAUAUACACUGUUACGCCGGUUUCAUAAUACAUCUAAAGGAAGAUUAAACAAUAAAUUUUUAUAACAAGGAAAGUCGAAAAAAUAAAAAUGGUGUAUCAAUCAUUUAAACCUUUAAUAAUUAGGUACGAUUAAAAAUGAUAAAAAUAAUUAUUGAAUGGAAUAAUUGUAAUGAAAAAUUGGCAAAUACAAAACACUCACUUCUACUUUUAAUUUUGUUUCUUUUUCUAAUAAGCUAUAAUGGAAAAGGACAGAAUAUUGUCAACCUCCUUUCUAGGUUUUAAAAGAGCUUUUACUUGAGAGACUGUUUCAAAUCUACGAUGGAACCACUUCAAUUUAGCAAGUUUAAGGGUCCUUUAAUCUAAAGAAAUCUUUAGUUAAAGUGCCAGUUGGGGUGGUAUUAUGAAACCGGUCGUUAGAGUGUAUAUAACGUAAUUCGUGACAGUUACUCCACUUUUUUGACACUUGUGUAUACUAUAUAUAACUAUUAGGGUACAACAAAAUUUUGAAUUUUAUUAUGGCUUCUUUAUACAAAAAUAUAUAGUGAGUCUUACAUGUUGUCCUAAAUAAGAAUCAAAACUUUUUCUAGUGUUUGUAGAGGUGUAAUGUUGAUGAAACAUUUUUUUUAAACUGGUAUACUUACACAUACAACAAAAAUUUGUAGAAGGAAGUUGUAACUUCCUAUUUCAAGUCAGUUUGUGUUCAAAUAUGAAUUACUAUAUCGAGGGUCAUUGCUUUCAAUGCACCUUCUUUCAUUUGUGUUGUUAAUAAUGUUUAUUAACAUUCCUAUUCCGAGCAGAAGGUGAAACGCUAUACUCAAAUCGUGUUUAUUUAAUUUUAUUUUACUAAUAUACAAUUAUGUUCUUUUACUCAAAUUAGAGUCGAGGUCCUAAGGCUUUAUAUUAUCAAAUUUAUUUAUUUCUAUAAUAGAUUUAUAUACACUUCUUUACAUUUAUAUAUAUUUUUUAAGAAUGUCUUUGUAACCUUGACUGGAGCAACGCGUACAUUCCAAUUUUAAAUUUCCCACCCGGUUGUGUUAUCAAAAUCAUUUUGUUAAAAUUAGAUCAAAAUUUUUUAUAUAUAAAAAUAUAGUUUAACCAGUUUAGUAUAAAAUACUAAUUUAUUUUUUCUUUCUGAGGGUUUUGUGCAAUAGGUAUUUUGGUUAAUAUUUUCCUUUUGUACGAAUUCUCUAGUAGUGUAUCGAAAUCAUUCCAGUAAUUUCACAUUUACAUCUAUUUAGUACUGUUUCAGUUGAGUAAUCUUCGAUUAAUUCCAUGUUUUGCAUUUCUGGCUCUGCGCGAUACCAAACUAAGUGCCAUUUACACCUAAGUGAACACUCUAAGUGUAGUUCCAAUGAAACAUAGUAUUAUAUAAGCAUUUAUACUUUCUGUAAGUUUAUACAUUUUCAGUAAACUGGUCAUUUGCUUUAAUAAAUGGAAUAGGUAGUCAA